GAUGACCAUACGUGAAGUAGUUCUUAACAGUAGUUGAGUCAGUUUCGUCGAAGUGGUCAGUCAGAAUCAGUUUCGUUGUAAUUUUGAAUUUGAGGAUAUCUCAAGGUUAAAUGAUUAGGCCAAGCAAAGGGUGAUAUGCAAAAUUCCAAAAGAAACAGUGAUCCUCCGUUAAUAUUUUUCAACGGUGGUGCCGCAUCAGGUGAUGGAAGACGGAAAUUAGUGCGUAAAACUAGUGCAGAGAUUGUAAGUGAAGCUAAGAGUAUGCUAGCAGGAGGAGGAACACGGCUGGUUUCCGCUAGGCGGCCAAUUACACCUAGAGAGCCCAGGAGACAGCUUUAUGGGCGAGUAGCUCCACCAGGAAGGCCGCCAAGUGCUUUCAGCUUAAAAUACCUGCAGUUAGAAUCCCGCGCAUUGCCGUCGCUUGAGCCAAUUCAAAGUGCGAUUCAAUCAAAUGGAUUUACGCGUUCAGAAUCGGCAGAUUCUAUCACGUUGGGUGAAAAUGACACCGCUAACAAUAAUGCACCUCGCAGUAAACUACCAGCAUUGCUUAAGGUACCCAGUAAACAGUCUGGAUCGCUGGAUAAUCUUUCAGAAUGUAUGCCACCGCGGAAGGACUUUAAACCGCCAGCAUCGCCGUUAACGCCUCAAUUUUCACUCAAUGCUGAACCCAAGCCACUGAAUGAAAAACGGCCUUUGGAUUGUGCUGGUAAUGGUGCAACAGCUUCUUCAGCAGUACCAAAUACCAGUAUCGUCAAGAAUCAUCCUCUCAAGCGUCGUCAGGCUCAAUCGCUAGACGAGCGCAAAAUGCUCGAGGCGGAAAAAUCUUCUCCACCAGGACGUUCGGAAAGUGCAAAAAUGGACACCCAAGAGCAAAAGGCGAAGCUGAGCAAAAGCAAUGAUUUGCUAGCGCAAUCUACGACAGAGUCCUUACUGGAAAUGCUGAAGGGCCACGCUGGAAUUAAGGAUUGCAACGAUGAAACUGCUAAUCAUAUUAAUGGGAUUUUAGGUGAGCUGUUCUCUCGCGUGAAAGGAGCCAAAGGUAGUUGGCGAGGUGCAGUUUUGGGAGCAUUGUAUGGAUUGGUAGAGGCGAACUCUGCAAAAAUAUUACUUUCAGUUGCACGUGUGGUAUUGGCGCUGAAUGUGACUGGCAGCAAUUUGACAGGAGCAUGCAAACUGGUUUUUAAAAUUGCUCGCAACGAAAAUAACGAUGCUCUUUUCGCCGACAGCGAUGUGCCAGAGCUACUAGUGGAUGGUUUGGGUCGAGCUUCGCCGGCUGAUGAGCCCGAAGCAUGUAUCUACGGUUAUGGCGCUAUUCGGUUUUUGGCAGGCUCAGCUGCCUCAGUUGCACAAAAGGUCAAGUCAGAGAAUGUUUCGCGGGAAAAUUCUUCUCGACAAAAGUCGCUAGCCUGCCGUUUGGCAAGACAUGGCCUCAUACAACUGAUGGUAUUGCAUCUGAAAAUGUUGAACGAGUUGGGAUCUGCGGAAAAACUUUCGGGACCACCAUUGCACGCUUUAUUCCAGCUUUCGGGAGCUCUCAGGACACUAGCGGGUAUUCCUGCGAUAGGUAACUGCAUGGCCGCAACCCGUUCCUUGUUGAACAGUACUAAUCCACAAAUUAAAGAAACACCUGAUGGUGAAAUAAUUCAGUUGGAAUUGGCUGGCCCUCUACUAGUACGAGCAGCAGAGAUGUGUAUAGAUGAACCAGAAGUACAGGCCAACGUUAUUCGCACGUUGAGUGUGCUUUCCGAGCGUCCUGAGUGCUGUGAGCAAUUAGCAGAUGCAGCUGCCCGUCUUGGAAUUCUGCUAGGUUCUGUGAGUGAGACAACUGCUACAGUGGAAAAGGGUUUGGCAGCUACCAAUCGACUUGGAUACAUUCUUGGAAAUAUUAUGACUAGAUGGGACACUGCUCGGUUACAGUUCUACUCUAACGAUGUAUCGAUGGAGGCUAUCCUUAAUGCUUUGGAGUAUUAUACAAACAAACGUUUUACUAUCAAAAACCAAAUGGGGGAUUCGGUGGUAGAUGUUCUGACAAAAUUGGUCCGUGUUAUCGCUAAUAUUAGUGUCAAUGGUGAUGUUGGAUAUGGGCUCAGUAACAAACCACCAUUAGGAGAAAUACUGCUAAAUAUUUUGCUGAAAGUUAAAGACGUGAAGCAACCGGAUAUGGAAGAAUUGUUGUUUGCUACCAUGGGAGCACUUCACAAUCUCUCUUAUUAUUACGAACCGUCGGAUAAUCCACUGCAGUUCAACCACCCAGGAAGCAUGGCAGAGCGUUUGAAGGAUGUUUGUGGCGUGUUGUGUAAUAUCCUGGGCACAAAUUCCAAUCCCGCCAGGUCUGAGGCGGCUCGUGUACUCGGAAAUAUGACACGCAACGCCAUUGCACGUCAAACAUUUUGUUCUGAAAAUGGGUUGAAAAUAUUGAUCCAAUGCUUGGAAUCCAAUGAUGUGGAGCUGAUGGUUACAUCCUGUGGAGUACUUGUAAAUAUUCUAGGUGAUUGGGAGCGUAGAGUUCCGUUCCGGGAAAUUCAGGGACCUGUGGUACUGCGGAAAUUGCUGCAACGUGGAGUAUCAAAUCAUGAUUGGAUCCUAGCGGGAAUCUCAUGUCAAGCUCUGUGGAACUACCUCAUUGAUAGUGGAAAUGUUAUUCAUGCAUUGGGAGAAUCCGAAGUAGAUUACAUAUGUGGCGAUCUUGCGGAAUGUUUAGAUGAAGAAAAGUUGUUCAAUGGAGAAGAACCGGAUAUGUUAUGGGAAGAGUUUGCUCCCGUAGCCACUGAUCUGUUGGAAAGAUUGCAGUCCUGCAUGUCAGUAGGAAAUUCGCCCUGCCUAUCUUCAGACGACGAAGCUGACACCAUUAUUGGGGAGCCAGGUCAAACAUGGGGGAAUCAAUACAAACAAUGGUUGAAGCAAUGAUUACAUUUGUUA